AUAUAUAUAUAUAUAUGCUGGCAUGGCCUAGAGAUCUGCGAAUAAAGCAUAUAAAUAAUCAUUGAGAGACAAGGAUGGAUUCACCCUAAGACCACAACCUUGAAAGAAAGAGAGAAAUGGCAACGCCAUUAACAUUCAGGAAUUCUCUUUUCCUGCGUCCAUGCGUAAAGCAUUUCAGCCAUUCCCAUCCCUUGCGUCCGGUUGCUGUGAAAGAGGAAGAUGAAGUUAUUUGCUGCGGAUGUGAGAUGGACCUUUCAGGUUCGGGUUACAGGUGCACCAAGUCCAACUGUGAUUUCUUUCUCCAUAAGUCCUGCUUUGAAUUGCCAAGGGAGCUUCAACACAAUUCUCACUCCAACCACUCGCUCACCCUUGUCGCUUCCCCUCCUAACGACGACUCCAAGUUCACUUGCAAUGCCUGUGGUGAUUAUGGCACUGGUUUUACCUAUCACUGCCUCACUUGCCAAUUCAAUCUCCAUGUCGGAUGUGCUUUCUUGCCCCAAACCAUCAAACAUGUGGAUCACACUCACCUACUUACUCUUUUCUAUUCCUCCUCAAUAGAAAGAGGGUGCACGACCUUUACUUGUGAUGCUUGCAAGAAAGAGGUACCUCAUAGCCACUGGAUCUACUAUUGCCCCGAUUGUGAUUAUGGCACUGAUUUAGCUUGUACAGUUCCUGAUCAAUAGAACCCUCUUCAACUCAUGGAGGAUGCAGCUUCGACUUCUGUUUUUCUUCAUAUAUAGUAUGUAUUAUUAGUUACUUCUCGCCUUGACAAUGUAUUGUCCUCCCUCUUGCAAAAUCCAUGUUUUGAAUAAACACAUCCUUUAUCA